AUGUCACUCGAUCCCCCGACUUAUCUAAGCUCCUUACAAAAUAACAUCCGUGCAAGACCAAUACCAUGGGAGGGAGCCGUACGAGCAGGCACCAUUACCGACAAUGACCUCAAGACAAUCAAAGCUGUAGACAAGGUGCGCAAGGAGCAGAGAAAACAGACGGUCGAGAAUGAUAUGGAUUCCUACCAAUCUCUCAUACUGGGCGGAGACAAAGGCACAAGUGUACUGGAAUCUGCCUCAAAACGAGCAGAUGUUAUCCAGUAUAUGUUAGUAUUGACAGGGGAUCUCAUUAAUGAUGCCCCCAGUCUUGCCUCCAAGCUCCUCGAGCACCCAGAACCAUACAAACCCAUUGUGCCUUAUCUCUCUCACUCCACCAAUCCAGAAGACCCAAUCCCAUUACUAGCUUCAUCUGUCCUGACCAGUAUUCUCUCGACAGCUCAGACACAAUCGCCAAAGUCCAAUCCGAAGACAGACGAAGCGCUCACAAAGCUUUACAAAUACCUUUCCACCUUGACGACAAGCCAGGACAGUGGCUUACAAGACAUUGCCGUACAGGAGUACUCCUCUCUCCUAAGAUCGAAGAAAGCACGCGAGAUAUUCUGGAGCCAACGUCAAGAGACCGUCAGCCCUCUCCUCGACAUCUUGCGAGCAGCAGCUGGCGCAAGCAAAGACAGUGACUCCACACUACUCAGCGGAGGCAGCAGCAUCCGCAGUGCCACGGAAGCCGGUAUCAGUAGUGGCGUCGGCCUCCAACUCCUCUACCACAUCCUCCUCACAAUCUGGCAGCUAAGCUUCGAAGCCUCCUUAGUAGGUAAAGGCCUCGAAACGGAACAAGAGCUUAUACCCCUCUACACCCAACUCCUCCGCCUCUCACCCAAAGAGAAAACCACCCGCAUCCUCCUCUCCACCCUGUUCAACCUAUUCUCCGCUCCCACCAAUAAGUCCACCCUCCUUCCCAUCGCCACAACCGCCCGCCUUCCUGCCCUUCUCUCCAACCUCAAAGGUCGCCAUCUGACCGACCCUGACCUCCUCGACGACUUGAAAGCCCUCACAGAAAUGCUGGACGAAUACACAAGUUCUCAAACCACCUUCGACGAAUACGCCGCGGAACUAUCUACAAGGAAACUACGCUGGAGCCCACCCCAUCGAGACGCCAAUUUCUGGCACGAGAAUGCGAGAAAGAUCUUGGACGAUGAUGGAGGCGCGCUGCCGAAGGUGCUAGCGGAGAUCAUGGGGAAGAGUUGGGACGAUGAGAAGCAGGUUCUGGCUAUUGCGUGCAACGAUGUGGGCUGGCUGGUAAAAGAAGCCCCGGAGAAGAGGCAGGGGUUGGAGAAGUUGGGCAUCAAGGGCCGGGUGAUGGAAUUGAUGACGGACAAGGAUGAGACUGUUCGGUGGGAGAGUUUGAGGGCUGUGGGGGAGUGGAUGAGGUACAGUUUUGAUCAAUGA